UCUUCUUCCACCUUCAUGAACUUUAUACCUUGUUUUUGCAGCUCAUUACAAUACGACGUCGUUUUGCCCGUAAAAUUCUGUUUUUAGGUUUAUUUUCCUCUUUAAUUUGGCAUUGAAAAAUCUGAAUCUUGCAAGAUAUUUUCAAGAAAGUGGAAGUUGUGGGGCAAUCAUCAAUUUUGAUAUAUACUUAUUUUGAUCAAUGUGGAGUAGCCUAAUUAUCAUAUGCUGCUAUUGAUAGUUUAUUGUUUGAUUAGCUUUGUCCAAUAAUGGCUGCUGUUGGUUCUUUGCAGUUGUCCCAUUAUUUGGGGACUUGCAAGAACCAUGAGCGCCUUAAGAAAUAUUCACCUAGACAGAACACAUUUGGAAGGAGUAGGUGGCAUUCUUGCUGCACGAGUCUGUCAUCAUUUUCAUCGCGGCAGGACUCCUGGAGUAUUCAUCACUUAAGAGGAUUGCAAGUGAAGGAACAUGUGCUCCCAUAUAGAAGCAAUUUGUUCAAGUGUAAUUCUUACCUAAAACCUGACCAAGCUUUUGAUAUUUCUGUAAAGAAUGCUGCUAUUAUACUGAAAAGAUCAUACAAUAGCUUACAAGGCAGCCCACUUGUGCUUAAGUUUCUUCCGGCAAUUGGAAUCCUUGGUUUUGCAGUUUGGGGUCUUGCACCGCUACUGCGUCAAAGUAGAAAUGUACUCCAUAAGAGUGAUAACAGCUGGGGAAAGAGUGGUACAUAUCAUGUAAUGACCUUCUAUCUUCAACCUUUGCUGUUGUGGACUGGGGCAAUGCUUGUCUGCAGAGCAUUGGACCCCAUGGUGCUACCAACAGAAGCUAGUCAAAUUGUUAAACAACGACUUUUGAAUUUUGUAAAAUCAUUGUCUACUGUGCUAGCCUUUGCAUAUUGUUUGUCCAGCGUUAUUCAACAAGCACAGAAGUUUUACAUGGAGACAAGUGAUGCAAAUGAUACUAGAAAUAUGGGCUUCCAGUUUGCUGGUAGAGCUGUUUAUACUGCAGUGUGGGUCGCAGCUGCUUCAUUGUUCAUGGAGUUGCUAGGUUUCUCUACACAGAAAUGGCUAACUGCGGGAGGACUUGGGACAGUCUUGCUGACACUUGCUGGACGUGAGAUAUUCACCAAUUUUCUUUCAAGUAUCAUGAUCCAUGCCACACGUCCAUUUGUCCUUAAUGAAUGGAUUCAAACCAAGAUUGAAGGCUAUGAAGUUUCUGGUACAGUUGAGCAUGUGGGUUGGUGGUCCCCCACAAUCAUAAGAGGCGAGGAUCGAGAGGCUGUUCACAUUCCAAACCACAAGUUUACGAUGAAUGUUGUCAGAAAUCUGACUCAGAAAACUCAUUGGCGUAUUAAAACUCACCUAGCCAUCAGUCAUUUGGACGUCAGUAAGAUAAACAGUAUUGUAGCUGACAUGCGCAAAGUUUUGGCAAAGAAUCCCCAAGUUGAACAACAGAGGUUGCAUAGAAGAGUAUUCCUGGAGAAUGUCAACCCUGAAAAUCAAGCCCUGUUGAUCUUAAUAUCCUGCUUUGUCAAGACAUCACACUUCGAAGAAUACUUGUGUGUCAAGGAAGCUAUUUUAUUAGAUCUUCUUAGAGUCAUUCGACAUCACCGAGCUCGGCUUGCCACUCCCAUCCGUACGGUUCAGAAAGUAUAUAGUGAUGCUGAGUUGGACAACAUGCCAUAUGAUUCUGCCUUCAAUCAUGGAGCAACAUCCACUCGUCCAUUGCUACUGAUUGAGCCAUCUUAUAAAGUCAAUGGGGAAGAUCGCACAAAAGGUCGACCAAUCCGUGUGAAUGGUGAAGAAGACUCCAAGGAAAAGGCUACCAUGAAGCCGGCACCUGACAGCAAGGUUGAAACGAAGAGCGGACCCGCAUCUGAUCUUAAAGUCAAAGAAAUACUUCCAGCUAGCUCUCAUGGUAAGGAUGUGCCAAUUUCUGACUUGAAACUUGAUCCCAAAGUUGACAAAGUAGCACAUGCUGAACCCAAAGAUGACAUUAAAACACCGUCGGAUCCAAAACCGAGUAAGGCAACAGUGAAAAACACUUCAAAACCUGUCUCAAAAGCUGAGUCAAAGUCUGCAGAAUUUGGUAUUUCUGAUUCCAAAGAUCUUUCGGAGAACAUUUCUAGCAACAAACAAGUUAAGAAAACAGGCAGUGUCCCAUCUACUUCACAGUCUAAAAGAGAGGAUGAAAAACCACAAAUCACACAACCAUCUGUGUCAUCGAAGCCCGCAUUGGAAGAGAACAUUGUUCUUGGUGUUGCUCUCGAGGGUUCAAAAAGAACCCUUCCAAUUGAAGAAGAACCAUCACCACCACCAAAUCCAGCAGAGUCAAAGGAAAUGGCUACUAGCCGUAGUAGUAGUGCUUCUACCAUUGCAGAGAAAGAUAAAAAAGAUGGGCAGCGUUCAAACCGUUCUAAUUCUGCAGGUACUGAUCAGUCGGGUAAAAGGCCCUCUACCGGCAGUUGAUCCUCCUAUGUUUUCACUAACCCUUGUGAAACUCAUUCUUUGUCAGCACUAGAUUUGAUGUUAUAUGGUCCAUUGAGAUAAGUUGUCUUGAUGUCCCUAAUGGUAAAGUAUUUAGCCUAUCACUCCCAGUAUAAAAAUGGAUAACUUAUAGGGCUUAAAUCAUGUUUGUUUCUAAGUGGUUUGUGGAUGUAUUUAUUAUCGCGACGUGUCCAGUUUGACCCCUCCAGUGGCAAAUUUUUUGGCUACUGGCCAGGUCGUUCAACUUCUAUAGAAGUAUUGUCAUUUUUCCACUUAUGCUGGUUAGCAAGCAUAUAUGCACAUUCAUGCAUUUGUGGGGUC